AUGUGAGAUGGCCAUGUGCCCCGAACGCAAACAAACCUCUUCAGCCAAUCAUAAGACUCCCAGCUCGCCCUCCUCCUUUCCGAGCUGCUGCUGCCUGCAGUAUUGCAGCGGAGUUCGGAGUAGUCGGAACAUGCUGCCGGCGCCGUGUGGAGCUACCGAAGUGUCCCGGAAAAGAGGUGCUGAGCCGGGCCUGCUGCCGAGGCACGUCUCGGAGAGGAAGCGGGCCUGCUGGGGAAUUCUUACCAGCCAAGGGUCCUGGGCAGAUCGUUCUCCUCUCCAUGAAGCAGCUUCUCAGGGUCGGCUGCUUGCCCUGCGCACUCUGCUGGCCCAGGGCUAUCACGCCAACAUUGUCACCAUCGAUCAUGUGACUCCUCUUCACGAAGCCUGUCUAUCAGGACACGUCGCCUGUGUCAGAGCUUUACUAAAUGCUGGAGCUAAUGUGAACGCUGCUACCAUUGAUGGUGUCACUCCUCUGUACAACUGCUGUACGUCGGGGAGCGUCGGCUGUGUGGAACUGCUCCUGCAGAGCGGCGCACACACGCGUGCGCAUCACACACACUUUCCCUCAGCUUUGCACGAAGCCUGCAAGAGAGGUAACAGCCACUGUGUGGAGGCCCUGCUGUCUCAUGGAGCAGAUCCAGAUUAUGAAGUUUCCCACCUGGGCUCUCCUCUGUAUGUGAGCUGUCUGCACCGACACACAGCCUGCUCAAAGGUCCUGCUGCACAGAGGAGCAGAUGUAAGUGUGGGCAGAGGCUGCGACAGCCCUCUGCAUGCGGCUGUCAGACAGGACAGCGCAGAUCAGGUGUCACUGCUGCUCGACUACGGGGCGAAUACUAACUUCCGAGACGGCAACAAUCAGCGGCCGGUGGAGCUGGCGCCCCCUGGUGGGAAAACACACCAGCUGCUGCUGGCCUUUGAAGCUUCUCCAAGGAGUCUCUGCCAGUUGUGUCGUCUUCAGAUCAGAAAUCUGAUUGGGCGAUCCAGACUGAACUUGCUCCCUGUGCUUCCUCUGCCCGGCCUGCUCACUCACUACCUGGACUACAGAAGCAACGAGCAGUGACGCCACCGUGCACGCUGAUAUCACCGCUCUGUGGUUACACCGAGUCCGCCGACAUUUCACACGAGAACACGCAGACCUGCUGCAUGCUGUACUCGCUCUGUUGCACAGCAGAUUACUUUCAUCGCCAUAACUGACGACCUGUUUCUUUCACUAGAACUUUAGUUACAAUGGGGACAAUUUGUCUUUGUGUCCUAAACAGAAUUUGAUUGUUUUUAUUCCUUUUGUUUAGCCUAAUGACUCCUCAUGAACUUUAGGUGCUGAAACGACUGCUGUUUGCUCUGCUGGUCUUAUCAGGUCUCAGUCUGUAGGUCUCGCCUUAGCUUGGCGAUGGACAGUCUUCACCGUGAUUGAGCUGAGCGCCUGUUUCAGCCAUCAUUGUAGUUUCAUUGUUCAACUUCACCUGCUUCCAAGGGUCACGGCGAAGACAAAGAUCUGAUGACGUGAAGGCUCCAGGGUGACCGACAUCAGGCUCAUCCUGGUGACUGGAUGAAUAUAUUUCAUGGAAAUGUCCUGGACCCCAGUGUGAUGGUACCCGUCCUCCAUCAUUGCUGUUACCGUCUGAGUUCAGUCCAACACUGAUCAGAACAACACUGGAUAACCCUUCAUGACUUACUUUGCGAUUUCACUUGUAUUUAUUCAUUUCACUUCAGCUUCGUGUGUAUUUUUUAAUCUUUCUGAGCUGCUCGUUUUGUGAUGUCAUAUUUAUUUUAUUGAGUGAGGCUGUUUUCAUGUUGUGACUGCUGUAAUGUGAUCAUUUCCCAACGUUUGGGAUGAAUAAAGUGUGUCAUAUCUAA